CGCCGGGCGGUGCACGCGGAGGGAGGGCGGCGUGUCACGGUGCCAGUGUGGGGGCGAGGGCCGCGAGCGGUCGGUGCGGGAGUCGUGUCGCGCGUCGAGCUGCCGAGGGAGGUGGGCUCACUCUGCGGUCAGAUCAUGUUCUCGCCACAGACGGAGCUGCUGAACUCGCUGGCCCGUGAUCUGGACCACAUGCUGAACGACCUCAGCCUGGACCCGGACUCUGAGCCGCCGCCGCCCACAAAGCACUACCCGGUCACCCGCUCCGCCACCUGCCCCGUCACGAGGAUGGCCGCGUGCGACAGCGACCCGAUAUCGACCUCACCUGACCUGGGGACCGAGCACAAACGGCCGACACAGCUCAGCUUCAGCCGCCACCAGGAGGACAGCGCCGUGUCGUCCUGCUCGGAGCCCGAGUACGGCCGUCCGGCGCAGAUGAGCGUCUCGGAGCGUCUGAUCCGCUGUCAUCCCGUGUGGUUCAUCUCUGGUCUCCACCGCUCCGGAGCAGAUCACCUACUGCACGAUAAACCGGCCGGCACGUUCAUAGUCCGCCAGUCGAGCCCCGGUAAGGAGCAGCUGAUGACGCUCUCCGUGAGAAUGCCUGCCGGCUCUGCGCCGCCCGUCGACCACUUCCCGAUCCGCUCGGCGGCCGGAAAACUGGGCCUCGAGACGUCAGAGAAGCGCUUCGACAGCAUCUCCAGCCUGAUCGCCCACUACACCAGCCACAGGGACGAGUUGCCAGUGCAGCUGCAGCUGCCGGCCAGUCUUCAGCGCGUCAAAUCCCGCCACCAACUCUCCUCUCUGGCUCUACUUGGACAAGAGUUCUGGACCUGCCGGCUGCCCAGUGAGUCCCGCAGCACGGGCAGCGGCGGUGGAGGGAGGACAGACGCGCGGGACAGCGCCGGAGGAGCCAACAGCAUCGGUUCAUCACCCGCCAGCAGCCUCAACAAGCCGGCCGGCCGCGGCGGCAGCCACUCGAGUCUGGAGAGUCCGGCCGAGCCGGCGGUGCUGCUCACACUGGCGCCGCUGUCUGCCGACGAGCGACCCCGACCGCCGGGCUCGCUGUCCCUGGGACCGGACGCCGGCUCCCUGACGCGGCUCGUCAGUCCGGAGCUGGUCAGUCGGGUCAGCAGCCCGUCGGCGACCACUGGCCGGGCGGCGCCGCGCCCGCCGGCGCGCUGGUGCCAGCCGCAGAGCGCCGCUCCGCCGACGGAGCCGGCCGAUGCCGCCGGUAACGUCGUGUCGACGGCGACGUUCCAGGUCAGCUCGACGGCCAGCGGCACGGUACGCAGUGAGAUGAGCGUGUUUAUCGGAGGGGCGGCCCCGGCCGCGGGGCAGCUCGGUCAGACGGAGAAGGAGACGCUGCCUCAGGAGACGAAAGCCGACCCGACCUCUCCAGGAUCCUCUCCGGGAGACGAGGUCGCACCUCUGGCCGGCGGGCUCCGCGCCGGCCGCCGCAGGGGACGCAAGAAGCGUACCAGCGAGCCGCUGGAGUCUCCAGCUGCCUACUGCCGCAGUUCCGUGGCCGACAAGAUCUCCGACUACGAGGAUAUCUGGGCGUCGCCCGCUCGUGAGACCCCGCCGGUCGGCAGUCCGUUCUCAGCCUCCGCGGCGGUGUCGCGCGCGAGUCGGGAGACGGCCGCUGCGCUGAUGGAGAUGGCCCGCGAGGCGGCCUCCCCGAGCCCGCUGUACGCCGUCCCGGCGGACGCGCUGCGCGCCCAGCCUGACCUAGUGGCGGGCGUGGGACGGCGCGCGCCCGCCGACCGCGCGUCCCACCGGCACUCGGAGCCGGCGCUAUGUGGAUGGGAGCCGGGCGUGCCGGCCGCGCGGCGACCCACCCUGCCCACGAUCUGUGCUGGACAGGAGGUACACCACGCGGCCAGUGCUGACCAGCUGUCCCCACCGCCGCGCGCUGUCCGACCCUCCGCGCGCUCUCAGAGCAGCCGGGCUGUGGGUGAACAGGUGCGUCAGCGGCGCGCCCGCGCCGAGCAGUGGCGCCUCGACUCCAGCUGGGAGUAUCUGAGGGAGGACGACUGUGACGCCGACUCGGAGUGGGACGAAGAGCCCGCGGAGCGUCCCGAGCGGCCCGCCACGCGACUCACCGAGUCGACCGAGCCGAUCCCGGACCCCACGGCAGACAUCUCGCCCGAGGAGCAGACCCGUAUCGUGCACGCCAUCAUCCGACAGAGCCUCCCCAUGGCCGUGCCGCCUGCGGCCUCGGUCUCUGCCUCCGACUACGACAACAUCCGCCCCUCGGCGCGCGGACAGGCCGGCCGCGGACACGCUGUCCGCCCCACCUGUCCCGUGGACAUGGGCGCGGACACAGACGCCGAGACGGACACGUCCAAACUCCAGUCCAUCAUGCGUCUGAUGAACGACCAGCUGCGUCUGAAGAGUGGACAGUUUGACGCUGACGAGAGGCUGUUCACCGACUCCGAGUCGUUUGUGGCCGUGCACGGGACAGAGCGGCCGGAGGAGCUGGAGAGAGAGGUGGAGUCGCCCGGCCGGCCGCUGCCGCCGCGCCUGCCGCUGCCGAGGUCCCAGCAGGAGUCACUAUAUUCUCCUCCUCGUCUGAACAGCCUCCGACUCCACCGCAAGAGCCAGCAGUCGGGCGCCGCCAUCCGCGACUACGUCAUCAAACUCGCCAACGACGACGACAGCACGUUCGCGCUCUGCAUCUUCAACUUCCUGAAGUGCACUCGUGAGGGCGCCGAGACGGACCCGCACGUGGUAAUGCGCAACAUCCGUCAGUUCUGUAACGGCAUGAAGAACUACUUGGUGAAGCACGGAGAGGGCGAGUUCCAUCAGGUGGUCCACCAGGAGCGCAGCAAGCUGUCUUCCACCGAGUUCCUGAACCUGGACGCCAUCUUGGAGGGGGUACUGGAGGAGCUACUGGUCCGUCCUCUCCACGACCACAUCAGCGCCCUCUGGCGGCGGACGGCUCAGCGCAGCGGCGACUCCCAACGGCUGACGGAGAACUUUGAGCUGGCGCGGCGCCGGCCGACCGAGACGCUCGGUCUGAAGAGGGACCAGACGCCGCCGUCUGCGGCAGUUCUCGGCUCGGUGCGUCACUUCCUGGGCAGGAUGCAGGACUCGGCCAGUCCGCUGGACAAGCUGGAGAGCCUGCUGGCCACGGUGUCUGCGCUGUUCUCGGCGGCCGGGGAGCGGGACGCGUGUAUCCCGGCUGAUGACUUCCUGCCGCUACUGCUGUACGCGCUGGUGCACUGUCACGUCACCAAUGUCGAGUUUGAGGCGGACUACAUGUGGGGACUGCUGCACCCGAUGCUGCUGAAUGGGGAGGCCGGCUACUACCUGACCAUGCUGUCCUCGGCCGUGCACGUGCUCAAGAACGUGCUACAACAUCCGGGAGAUAAGGCCAACGACUCGACCACAAGGCUGUCACAGCGUUCGGGCAGCGGCAGCGGCUGCGAGCCCGUGGAGGGUUUCCUGCGCGUGGUAAUUCCCGAUGAGCAGCAGGGUACGAUCCUGAGCCGUACCCUGCCCUGCCGGCCGGGCGCCACGGCCAGGGAUCUGUGCAGGAUGCUCGACCACAAACUGCGCAUCACCAGUCCGCAGGACUACGGACUCUUCAAACUCAUCAAUGGCGAUGAGACGCUGGUCGGCGACCUCGAGUGUCCCCAGCUGGUGAAGCAGGAGCUCGCCUCCAAGGGCGUUCACUGCAUGUUCUCCUAUAAACGGCUGGAGGCCAAGAUCGCCUGGCCCACCGGUCAGCUGUGACGUCAUUGGGUAUAAUCCGCAGGCAGCUCUGACGUCAGCGGUGCAGGAGAGUGAUUCGUAUCGCGCCGAGAAGUGUUAUUUUCUGUGUCCUUGCGCCUAUAUAAGUCUGUUGAGAGUUGUGGAUACGCUGGGGCGAUAUCCCCAGGCAGCAUCGCUCGCUAGUAGAGCUCUACAGCGGUGGAGAGCGCCGGCGCAGUGCUGAGGUGUCGGUGCUGCCAUCUGUGGCCGAGUGGCGGAACUUGUAGUUGGCGAGUGGUCCACGAGGAUCUGAGUGACCGUGAUCUGCGAGUGGUGUUAUUUUAGUGGAGAGCCGACGAGUGAGCGGCUGGGCGGAAACGAUGGAUUAUCUAGUCAGAGUCCGCAGCAGCAGUUACACAGGUUUUCCACUUUACUAAUGCAAUAUAUCUGCGUUUGUUGUCUCCGA